AUGGCUUCUUCCAAAACCGCUGUGUUGAUGCUUUUGGUUGCACUGUUGCUCAGUUCCGCCGUUGCUAGAUCAUCCCCCAACUCUUCUCCGUUUCCAUCACCUGCUAUUUCUCCCUCAGAAAAUUCACCAGUGGCCUCUCCUUCACCAUCUAAUUCUCCCACACCAUCGCCUGCGAUUUCUCCCUCAGCUAACUCAACCGCGGCGUCUGCUCCUGAACCUGUGAAGAGCAGUCCUUCUCCUUCACCAUCUGCCAUCAACUCUAGACCAUCUCCUCAAGCUUCCCCCGCAGCCACCCCUGCUAUUACUCCAUCGUCCAUCUCUACCCCUCCAUCUAAAGCACCAUCAACGUCCACAAACGACGCCGCCGCUUUGAACAGAUUUACAGUUGCCGGAUCUACUGCUGUCGUGGUUUUCAUUGCUGCUUUGAUGAUGUAGAGAGUUAGGCUGAGUUUCUUUUCAGGGAGACGCUGAGUU